AUACUAUAACUGAGUGCUAAACUUUAUAAGUAAAUAACCUCGAUCAUAGUACAUGUAACGUUAGAUAUAAAGUUUAAUUCAGUGAUUCAGCCGGAUUUUUUUACGUGAAUGACUGGCUGGAUUUUUAGAAGACACAAAAGUAUUCACAUGGGACCAAGAUAAAUAAACUGUUACACAGCAUAUGGUGCGAUACAGUCCAGAUUUUUCCGAUAAAUGUAGUUGAAUGAAAAACAAUUCAUAUUUCCCAUCCUCUAUUUACUGAACGUCUAUCAUACUCACUUCUGAGUAGCAGUUGUCAACUGAGCUCGCUGAAAGUCUUUAGCGAGUCGCUUUACUUCUUCCCAUUCUGAGCUGGCCAUUUUACCGGAACGUCAGACAGACUGACAGAGUCAAAGCUAAGGUGAAUAAAGUGUGGCGAAAAAAUGGCUCAGAAAACGGAAGAUGUGGCUUGUAAAAGUGGAAAGAAAACCGAAACAUUCAGCUUUGGUCCAUGGACAAUAACAAGUGUGAAAGCACAUAUAUCAAAGACAGAUGUAGUAACCAAGCAUGAAGAGGAAUUAGAGCUCCCUCAGCUACCAGAGAUGACGUUUGGAGAUAAUGUCCUUCGCAUCCAUCAUUCCGGCGGGUUUGGGAUAGAGUUCAACACGAUAGAUGCUCUCAGACUGGUAGAUAACAAGCAUGAUACAAUGAAAGUAGCGGCCGCUGAUACAUGGCAGGAAGCAAGGAGUGAUUGUGAGUUUAUCUCAAAGGUGAUAAAGCCAUUUGAUUGGACAUACACAACAGACUACAAGGGUUCCAUCGUGAAUUCAAACGGAAACCAUUGUAAGGUCAGUGAAACGGAUGAAAGAAUAGACAUUGAGAAGCUGAAAGUGAGAGAAAAGAUCUUCUUCUUUGAGGACAUGCCACUCUUUGAAGAUGAACUAGCAGAUAACGGCUGUGCCAUCCUUACUGUGAAAAUGAGAGUGAUGCAAUCCAGUUUCUUCCUACUGAUGAGAUUCUUUUUAAGAGUAGAUGGAGUUCUAGUCCGCAUCAAUGAUACAAGAUGCUAUCAUGAGGCUGGCACGAAGUACAUCCUGCGCGAGUAUAGCAGUAAGGAGAAGUCCAUCCAGGCUCUGGGUCUCGAACCGCAUGAACUGCAGGAUCCAAUCAAACUUAACGAAAUGUUGGACACGGUCUCACAGACUUUUGAAAAACUGGAGUUUCAGACAGACUCGGAACAAGCGAUGUCAUGAUAGGACCUUCUGUAUGUUUACUUUCACAAUGAAGCUGUCCUACUUGUGGACACUUGUUGGGACAAGUUCAGUCAUUCUUGUACAUCAGUGAGUGAUUAGUGACAAAGGCCAGGGAGAGAAAUUUCGGAUUUAAAACUCAGAAGAUCGACUUCAGUGUAAAGUUUGCUUAAUUUCAGAACAGUAUGUCCGUCGAUUCUGAAGCCCCUUGUCUUCAUUUCUUUGGAGAAGUGGAACACCAAUUCAAAUUUAGAAGGACCUUUGGAAUCACACGAUUAAGUGUAAGAAGAAUGAAUUCAGACUUCUUACAGGGCCAUUAGGAAACUUGUCGGAAGUCUGUGCUGUGUCUCGUAGCAAGGAUCCCGUUACAAAGGAGCCAUGCAUUUUUUCAGAGCGGCUUUCCUGCACUCCCCAUUUUCUUGUCUAUGAUGAAAUAUGAAGAUUGGCUGAGGGAAGGAUGUGUCUCUUACUUUUGACAAGGUACCUUACCCAUUAUGUUACUUGUUGCCUUCAUACAUGUAGAAACACGGUGUGCAACAAAGUUCAAUUCAAAACCAUGGUUGCAUUAUUGUACCCAGCAAUGAAUAUUUUUCAGAAUGCACACUCAACACACACAAGGUGCAUUUCGAAAGGCCAAUUGGCAGAAUCACAGCCGUUGAAAAAUCACUUGAGCACAUUGGAGUUCAUAAUCAUGAUUGUAUGGCGAUGAACCUGCAUUGCUGUGCACACCAAGUUGACCUCUACUUCCUGGGUCAAGUGGCUUGGAUUGUAUGAGGAAGAAUCCGUGUUGAUUGAAAAUUGCUUGAAUGCUAUCUAGCCCACAGCAACGAUGUUUUAUGUUUACAAUUUGAUUCUUUCAAUCAUGGUUGUGAUCCCAGCAUUACAAACUUAGUUGAAUACUCCAGGCCAAAAAAUUGUUAUUUUGUAUUCUGGGGAGCUACUUUCCACAACUUGCUGCCUAAGCCUGCAAUAUUGGAUAAUCUAAACUGACCGGGGGGGGUUGAAUCAACCCCCCCCCCUCAACAUUUUCUGUGAUCAUUUCGCCGUGCGAAAUUUUUUUACCGCGCCACUCACAGAGUUUAUACUUUCAAGUCUCGUGCAUCUUUUGAGACCAAAUUUGCGACGCCCAGGUACGCGGUUCCGAAAUUACGCAACAUUUCGUAAGUGCAUGUCAGACCAAAAAUUGUUCCAAAACGUGAUUUUGUGUACAAAGUCAAUGCAAAUUGAGUUUUCUCAUCUUAUUCAUAAAGAUAUGUUUAUUUUUGCUUUAAACAGCUGAAAUCAAUUGAUUUUAGCAUAAUUAUGCUUCAAAAAGGUUGUGCAAUAAAUCUGGUGAAAAAAACAAAGAAAAACAAAAGGUUGAAAAACAAAGAAAUACAUAAGAAAUUCAUAAAACAAUAAAAUACAUAAUAAAUUGAUUUUCAAACCGAAGUUUUUUUCUAUUGUGAUUGUUAAGAAUGCUACAAAGAAUGUUUUUACCAAAAAUUAGCAUUCUAGGAGCUUUAUUUAGUGAAUUAGAGCAAAAAGUAUGAUUUAUGCAUAAAUUAGCAUAAUUAAUUCAUAUAAAAUAAAAUCUCAUUAUUUUGGAAAAUUUUACCAUACAGCCUUGUAGAUUACAUCGCACUCUACCAGCGUGCAAAUUUUUGCGGCGCUCGCGCGAUCGGCGGCCGAGAUCUCAGGGGGGGGUUGAAUCAACCCCCCCCCCCCGGCCACAGAACAGCCAAAAAAGCCCGGUCUAGUUAGGAUUAACACUGCACUGAAUGGAGAAUCCAAAUAUGUUUUGUAGAUUUUUAAACAAUUUUCAAGAGGAUAUUUUCAAAAUUUUUAAGCUCCACCCCAUUCCCUCUAUGACACCAUCUGUCCAUCUUAAUCAGCAUCACUAACAUUUUUCAUUAGACAAUGUUAUGUAGCUUCCCACAGCUCAGCACAUACUCAUAUCACAUGCUUUCAUACAAUACAUUUACAUUGUCUUUCAUUUGCUGUUGAUGCUGCAGUAUGUCUCACAAUGCAUCUUAUAUGUUGAGACUGCUAACAGGCGGUUACAAAAUAAAUGAGAUCCGAACUCUCUGUAGGGGUGGAGCUUAGCAAGUUCGACAAAAUUCUUCUUUGAAAAUUGUUUAAAAAUCAAUGAAAUAUAUUUGGGUUCUUAACCCUAAUAAGAGGGGGGUGGCGCGAUAAAUCCUGCGCACAAAUUUUUUUUUACUGCCUUGCUCGCGGACUUUUUACUUUCAAGUCUCACACAACUUCUGAGACCAAAAUUGCGACCCCCAGGUAUGCGGUUUAAAAAUUACGCAAAAUUUUGUAAGUGUAUGCAGACCCAAAAUAGUUCAAAAACGUGAAUUCAUGUACAAAUCCAAUGCAAAUAGUGUUUUUAGCCAAAAUUCAUAAUGUAUCAUUAAUUUUCCUUUUUCUGAUUAAAAUCAAUUAAAUUCAUCAUGUUUACGGUCAAAAUAAAGUCCUAAUUUCCAUUGAAAAAAAAAAAACUAAAAGUUGAAAAAUAUGUAUAAGAAAUUAAGAAAACAUAAAAUCAAAUGUGAUGUUGACAUUUUUUAAAAGUACAUUUGAUCAGAUUCCUAUAAAGAGUCUUCGAACCCAAAAUUAGCAUUUUAGGGGCAUUAUUUAGUAAAUUAGAGCAAACUUUUGAUUUUACACAUAAAUUAGCAUAAUCAAUUAGCAAUGAGAUUUUUUGCAGGAUUUGAUCUUGUAGUUUUGAAGAUUAUGCCAUGGUAACACGUGGCAAAUUUUUGUCGCGAUGGACGGCCAAGAUCAUGGGGGGGGGGCUUAAUCAGCCCCCCCCAGUCUUCUUAGGCAUAGAAAUAGCCCAGUCUAAAAUAGGGUUAAAAUGUAACAUAUCAGUUUUUAGUACCACUAUGCAUCAAUAGGAGUCAACUUGGAUUUCGAUGGCACAGAACCUUCAAAGAAUUCAAACUGUUGGUAAUGACAUCAAUGUGCCCAUCUCAAGAGUAUAAAACUCCAAUGUACAUUAGUAAUUUUGUUUGCAGAAGUGUGGCUUAUUGGUUAAGUCCCUAGACUGUACCACAAGGUCCGAGGUUCAAAUCCCACUGCAACACUUGUUUCCCUUUGUCAAGGUGUUUAUAUUUGCCACUCUCCGCACAGGUGUAGUGAAUGGGAACUUGGUAGGAAGAAUUUCCUUGAAUGCGCCUGAUCAGGGUAGCUGUGCCAAUAGUAUGCAGUGCUUGCAUUAAGCGUUAUAAAGGUCCCAUAUCAGAAUAAAAAAGUGGAAAGGGCAACAUUCAUCCAAUUCUGUGAUGAUUUAGUUCAUCACUUUGUUGAAUCAAAUCAUGAGAAAAAAAUUGUGAUGUAAAAGCAUUAAAAGGGCUUGUAAUUCCAGAAAUUAAGACUCAAUGGCAUUCAAGAAAUGAUUCUUUUCUAUCAUUUGUGACAUUUCUGUGAUACUGGAGAAAUUAAGUAAAGUUGUGAAUGGAAUAAAAUUCAAUGAAAAUAACAGAGAA